CUGAGGUGCAGGGGCUCGGGCGGACGCGCGGACCGCCAGUGAGCUGACAGACGCACGGUGGCAGCGAGCUGCGCGCAGGUCCCAGCUAGGCUUGCAUCCAGGAGCGGGCAGCAACCGUGGCCAGCGGAAUCUCCUCCGCUCCACAGCCUGACUCCCGUGCGGGCGCUCAGUGGCCGCCGCCGCCUCCAAAGUGAUUGCUGCCUCUCUGUCUCCCCCGGGUCUGGGACCAUGAGGCUGCUGCCGUCGGUGGUGCUGAAGCUUUUUCUGGCCGCAGUGUUCUCCACGCUGGUGACUGGCGAGAGCCUGGAGCGGCUUCGGAGAGGACUGGCGGCUGGAACCAGCAACCCGGACCCUCCCACUGGAUCUACGGACCAGUUGCUACCCACGGGGGGUGGCAGAGCCUGGGAAGUCCUGGACCUCAAAGAUGCAGACACGGACCUUUUCAGAGUUGGUUUCUCCUCCAAGCCACAAGCUCUAGCCACACCAGGCAAAGAGGAGACUGGGAAAAGAAAGAAGAAAGGAAAGGUAGGGAAGAAGAGAGACCCAUGUCUUCGUAGAUACAAGGAUUUCUGUAUCCAUGGAGAAUGCAAAUAUCUGAAGGAGUUGCGGGCUCCAUCAUGCAACUGCCAUCCAGGUUACCACGGAGAGAGGUGCCAUGGGCUGAGCCUCCCAGUGGAGAAUCGCUUGUAUACAUAUGACCAUACUACUAUCCUGGCUGUGGUGGCUGUGGUGCUGUCAUCUGUCUGUUUGCUCGUCAUUGUGGGGCUUCUCAUGUUUAGGUACCAUAGGAGAGGAGGUUAUGAUGUGGAAAAUGAAGAGAAAAUGAAGUUGGGCAUGACGAAUUCCCACUGAGAGAGACCUGUGCUCAAGGAAUCUGCGGGGAUGGCUACCUCUGAGAAAACCCCAGCUGAUUGCAAGCUCUGCAGAGGGAAAGGACUUCACAACUCACCACAAAGACUUCGUUCCCAGUUGCUGUCUUCAUUGGACCUCUCAUAAUUGCGCUGCCAAAAUACCAGAGCCUUCAAGUGCCAAACAGAAUCUGUCCAAUGGACCUGGAUCAGAAGAAAGCAAAAACAAGGGACCUUCAGUCCCUUCUGCUUCCCCUCCACCAAACCCAGUUCUCCCAUCAGUUUUUUUAAGUACUCAAUCUUCUGGAUUAAAAUGCUAUCCAGAUUCCAUGUGCUCCAGCAUUUUUGACUGAGAAGAAGGAGAGGUAGAAGAAAGAUUUGUGGACUGGAAGAGAGCAACAAAGUUGAGAAGCCAUGCACUCAAGUAGCCACCAAGGGAUCUGCAAUAUGGACCCUCUAGCGCUGGAUUUGAUGAACUAACUGUGAAAUAGCACAAAGCUGAGAACUCUGAA